UAGAAAAUCAAAAGUUGCAGAUUUUGUGAAUGAGAGUUGGGAAAGAUAAGAAUCUUUCUUAAUUCCAAACCACAGCAAAGUAAAUAAGCCAAACCAAUUCUAGUUUUUUUCCCAAGUCCAAGAACUCAGCCUAACCUUUGGCUGGCAGGUCACAGCCCCUGCACAAGACUUGCUAAUAAGCAAUCUGGACAGUUCCUACCCUGAUGCAGCUGAGAUGGAGCUGCUGGGAAUCACUACUCUUGCUCUUAUGAUUAGUGUCACUUGCCUGGUUUUCUUUUUUGUGCAGAAGAAAAGUGACAAAGGCAGAAGGCUCCCCCCUGGCCCAACUCCCCUGCCAAAUGGAAAUAUGAUGCAGCUAAACCUCAAGGACAUUCCUGCAUCUCUCGCCAAGCUGGCCAAAGAGUAUGGCUCUGUUUACACCCUGUACCUUGGAUCCUGUCCCCUGUGGUCUUACGUGGAUAUGAGGGUGAAGGAAGCUGCGACUGAUCAGGGUGACAAAUGCAGGCAACAUCUUCCAAUUACUGAAGAUACCCAAAAAGGAUAUGAGCCAUUAGUUGGCAACUAUUAUUUCAUCUUGUGAAGAAGACAUUUUUCUAAAGUUGAUUGCCCCCAUGACCUUUCGCCACCACCGUUACGACGACCUCGUGCGGACGCUGUACAAGGUGCACAAUGAAUGCCCUUACAUCACCCGGGUUUACAGCAUCGGAC